CAGUAAAUCAAACGGCUGCUCUUUGCUCUGACAAGUUCCAUCUCCUCGGUUCCUUCUAUAUGCCAAUCGAGCGAGGGCGCGCGCAUCUCAGCGCCCCCUCUCUCUCAGCGCCCCGCCCCCUCCUUUCCCUGCUUCGGUCGCGUUUGGGUAGUCUCGCGCCGGAUCCUCCUCUUCCUCUACGUCGGUUAGUGCGCGCGCCGCUAGUGGCAGGCGGGAGGCGGAGUGCUUUCUCUCUCUGUCUCUCUUCUGUGAGGAGAGCCUCCAAUGCCUCUGCUGUGAGAUGGCAUCAUUUUGUUGCGCUGUGGCGGCGGCGUUGGCACUAGAGGCAGCGGCGUUUGGGAGCGGUGCCGAGGGCUGAAGGGACGACCCUGCGCCACAGCAAGGGGGCGGCGGCAGCCCUACCACAACCACCACCAAGCAGCUGGGCUCGGAGCCACGCUUACUGCAUCUUGUGUUGCCACCCCCUGCACAUUCCUUGGAGGUGGCACAUGAAGAAGGGCCUCAGAUGACAAAUGCAGGCUCCAGGUUGAUGUUGCAGCCUCUGACAUGGCCACAGCCUCCCCAAGAUCUGGAAACAGUAAUAACUACAAUGGAAGACUACAAAUGCAAGUAACUAUUUCUAGUGCCAGACUGAAAAGAAAAAAGAACUGGUUUGGUGGAACUGCCAUCUACACAGAACUAGUAGCAGAUAGUGAAGUUAAGAAAACAUCUAAAUCCAACAGUUCCUCAAAUCCAAAAUGGGAUGAACAGCUGACUGUGAAUGUGACUCCGCAGACCACUUUGCAAUUUAGAGUUUGGAGCCAUCAUACUUUAAAAGCUGAUGCUUUAUUAGGAAAAGCCACUGUAGAUCUUAGACAAGCAUUGGAAAGACAUGAUAGAAGAUUAGAAAGAGUCAAAGAACAGUUGAAACUCUCACUGGAAAGCAAGAGUGGCUUGGUGCAAACAGGAGAACUAAUAAUUGUGCUUGAUGGUUUGAUGCUUGAACCAGAAUCUCUUACAAACUGCAGUUCACUAGUAACCAUAGAAGUCCAGCAAAAUGGUGAUGCAUUACAUGAAACCAGAGAAACAUCUGCAAGAGCCACUUCAAGAAUAGACAAUCAAACACCAUCAACCUCCGUAGUACAGAUCUCAUUCCCUAUACAAGCAGUUAAUGGAGACAGUGGAGACAGCACACCAUCUCCUCCUCAUCCUGCAAACAGAUCCAAAAAUAUGGCAACACCAAAACCACUUACGAGUCAAACUGACAACAAUAUUGUUAAUUGUGAAUCAUCUUUGAUGGAAGUUGAUAAUCAUUCACCCUCUGAAACUCUUAUGGAUUCUGCAGAAGCAUCCUGUAUAUCUACAGACUGUAUGACUGCUACUGUUGAACCUUCUCUAGCAACAGAAGUUACUAGUAACUCUGAAAGCAGCACAUCUAUGAAUGCCCCCAGUGUGUCUGCUGGACUUGAUGCUGUUGCUCCCACAGAUCCUGCAUCCUCUAUUGCAAGAAACAAUGCAACUACAGAAGCAGCAAAACCAAGGGAGUCUUCAUCUGUAUCUGGGGAAAGUGUAAGGCAACAGUCUGGUAGCAAUAGCACAGAACCUUUGCCCCCAGGAUGGGAACAGAGAAAGGAUCCUCAUGGUAGAACCUAUUAUGUUGAUCACAACACGAGAACUACAACUUGGGAAAGGCCUCAGCCUUUGCCACCAGGGUGGGAAAGAAGGGUUGAUGAUCGUGGAAGAGUUUAUUAUGUGGACCAUAACACACGAACAACAACAUGGCAGCGACCUACGAUGGAAUCAGUCAGAAACUUUGAACAGUGGCAAUCUCAACGAAAUCAGUUGCAGGGAGCUAUGCAACAGUUUAACCAACGAUACCUCUAUUCAGCCUCAAUGCUGACUGCCGAAAAUGAUCCACUUGGUCCUUUACCACCAGGCUGGGAAAGGAGAGUUGAUUCAAAUGAUAGAGUGUAUUUUGUAAAUCAUAACACAAAGACAACACAGUGGGAAGAUCCACGGACUCAAGGCUUACAAAAUGAAGACCCCCUCCCUGAGGGCUGGGAAAUCAGAUACACAAGAGAAGGUGUAAGAUACUUUGUUGAUCAUAAUACGCGAACAACUACCUUCAGUGAUCCUCGUACUGGUAAAUCCUCUGUAAAUAAAGGACCACAAAUUGCUUAUGAACGCAGCUUUCGGUGGAAGCUAGCUCAUUUCCGCUACUUGUGUCAGUCAAAUGCUCUGCCAAGCCAUGUGAAGAUCAAUGUAUCCAGACAAACAUUGUUUGAAGAUUCCUUCCAACAGAUCAUGGCUUUAAAACCCUAUGACUUAAGAAGACGAUUAUAUGUUAUAUUCAGAGGAGAAGAAGGACUGGAUUAUGGUGGUUUAGCCAGAGAAUGGUUCUUCUUGCUUUCCCAUGAAGUGCUGAACCCUAUGUACUGUCUCUUUGAAUAUGCUGGAAAAAGCAACUACUGUCUACAGAUAAAUCCAGCAUCAACAAUAAAUCCAGAUCAUCUUUCAUAUUUCUGUUUCAUUGGACGGUUUAUUGCCAUGGCAUUGUUUCAUGGCAAAUUCAUUGAUACUGGGUUUUCCCUGCCAUUCUACAAGCGCAUGUUAAACAAGAAACUCACAAUAAAGGAUUUGGAGUCUAUUGAUACUGAAUUUUAUAAUUCCUUAAUUUGGAUAAGGGACAACAACAUUGAAGAGUGUAACUUAGAAAUGUACUUCUGUGUUGACAUGGAGCUACUAGGAAAAGUUACCUCACAUGAGCUGAAAUCAGGAGGCUCAAACUUACUUGUAACUGAAGAGAACAAAGAAGAAUACAUUGGCCUAAUGGCAGAGUGGCGAUUUUCCCGAGGAGUACAAGAACAAACCAAAGCUUUCCUUGAUGGGUUUAAUGAAGUUGUUCCCCUUCAGUGGCUGCAGUAUUUUGAUGAAAAAGAGUUGGAGGUUAUGCUUUGUGGCAUGCAAGAAGUUGAUUUGGCAGACUGGCAAAGGAACACUGUUUAUCGCCAUUAUACAAGAAAUAGCAAGCAAAUAAUAUGGUUCUGGCAGUUCAUAAAAGAAGCUGACAAUGAAGUCCGUAUGCGACUGAUGCAGUUUGUUACUGGUACUUGCCGAUUACCACUGGGUGGAUUUGCUGAGCUAAUGGGAAGUAAUGGUCCUCAGAAAUUCUGCAUUGAAAAAGUUGGCAAGGAAACCUGGCUGCCAAGAAGCCAUACGUGUUUUAAUCGUUUGGAUUUACCGCCUUAUAAAAGCUAUGAACAGCUGAAAGAGAAGCUGCUUUUUGCAAUAGAAGAGACAGAAGGAUUUGGACAAGAGUAAAAGCAAUUUCGAGUCAGUGAAAUUUUAACAGGCCGGAGCAACUAAAUUGCACAGUUAGUUGUAUAUAAGCUGUUUCUUCUGUACAGUGACUUUUCUGGAACUCUAAAAAGUGUUCUCCGUUCUUCCACAAAGAUAUGCAAAAUAAUUUUAUCUUCUCUACUUUAUUUAUUUUCCCCUUAGAGACUGGCCAGAAUAAAAUUGAAGCGGAAAGACUUUAUUUAAAAUAAAUGUGUAUAUAAAUACACACUAAUGAGCUCUAGUUUUAUAGAGCUUUAAACUUACAAAACAUCACAGCCAUUCAGAAGAGUCAGGAGUAUCUUUCUUGGCUUCGUUCAGAAAAUGUGCAGACUGCUCUAUAUUCUUCACACUUAUGCAACAUCUCCAAGGUUAUUUCUAUUGCAUGGCUGUUAAAAAAGGUGUUAAAAGGCUUGGGCCAAACACAUCCUUGUUAUGUAGAAAAAUGCUGCUGGCUUUUUGAAAUGAUAGAAUGGGAUAUUCUGUCAGCUGAUUUUUUAAAAAAAUGUAAUUGUUGAUAACCCUCUUUGCUACUUCUCUGUAGCCAAGGUCAUGAGUAAAGCCUUUUACUUGCACAAGAGUAAUGUACAAUAAGAUGAAUGUGAUUGUUAAGACAUUGGUGCCACUGUUCUGACUUUACUGUAGAAGCUGAACAGCCUGUUAUAACUCAUUGAGCAGCAUUGAAAAUUGUUUACAUAUUACCUUGGGUUAUUUCCAAGAGAACAGUAGGUAAUCUUCAAGGAAAAAAUAAAAUGAUUCUUACAUAUUCUGUCCUGGUCUGAUAUCUUACAGGAUUUUAAAAAAUAUUGGUGAUAUUAUACUUCAAUUUCAUAGGAUAAUUUAGGAGGAUAUGAAAAGUAAUGUGAAUUGUUCUAAUUUUUUUUAGUAUGGAUAUAAAAAAAUCCAAAUGGAAGUAGUUACAUAAGCUUUGCACAACUGAACUAAUUUUUUUAUUAGUCUUCAAUAUUCUCAUCCCUUUUAAGUUCAAGAAAAAAUCCAGAUGUUCUAAUUAAGCAUCUCUAAAUUUUGUUUUUAUAUAGGCCAAUGCUUAUGUGUCAUAAAUGCACAGUGUAUAAAAAGAUUAAAUUGUUUUUGCAGUAUUGAGGGGCAUUUGCUAAACUACAAAUAUGUGUAAUAAAUUCUACAACUUAUUGAUGUGAAUUAUUAAAUGCUACUUUUAGCAAAUUGUGCUUCCUUAUUAGAGUAACAUUUUAAAUUACCAUUUGUAUCAUGCUUUCAAUAUUCACUGUAAAUUCCAUUAAAUUUAACUUAUACAGUUUUGUACACACAUAAAACAGAUUUCCUAGAAUUAACAUUUCUGUAACAUAUCAAACUGCAAAAAAAUGUAAAUGCAGUGUGACUCUGCUAUGUUUGCUUUCAUUUUCUCAAUAUAGCAGUUUAAUUCUGCCAAAAUCUUAUUUUUCUACAUAUUGUUACACUUUAUUAUUCAUGGAUAUUAACCUGUGAAUGCUUUGAUAAAAGCACUGGAUUGAUUAACAGACCUCCUGUCUACCUUGUUAGUUACCAUACACAUAUCAAGAUGAUCUUACAGUGUAAUUCUAUAUAUGCUUGCUGUGAAGUAAGUCUCAUUGAGUUUAGUGGGGCUUACUCAAGAGUAGUGGGUAUAGGGCUGCAACCGUAAUCUCUUAAAUUGCCCUCCCACAAUUCACGUGAGCAACUUCAAAAAAACUUUUCCUAAGAUAUGCAGAAAAGUAAUGAAGUUUGACAUUUACCUGAACUAUUCGUGUUAGUUUGGAAAAGAGCUUUAAAAACGUGCUAGAAGAAAAAAUGUUGUUUGCCUAAAUACUAAUUGAGAAUGGAGGACUAAAUUCAGUACAGCAGAAACAGGUUAAUUUGCACUAAUGAAUUACUGGGAGAACGAUUGCCUUCAGCUAAUAUUGUAAAUUGGUAAUUAACAAAAUAAAAGACAAAGACAGUGCAUCACAAUUAACAUGUACUC